CCAGAGCAUCAGAUUAACAGCCUUUCUCUCCAUCCCAGCAUCACCUGUUCUCUCUCUCCGUCCCAUCAUCACCUGUUCUCUCUCUCCGUCCCAGCGUCACCUGUUAUCUCUCUCCGUCCCAGCAUCACCUGUUCUCUCCAGCAUCACCUCUUCUCUCCAGCAUCACCUCCAUCUUGUCCACCACCAGCUGUAGCUAAACCACUGACGCCAUGGCAACCUUGGAUGGUUUUCCCGCCAGUUUCUAUGGGGAGCCGGGGGUGUUGGGUAUGUUGGCCAAUGGGAUCAGUGCGUUCCUGGUUCUACUGCAGAACUUCAACACAGCUAGAACCGGAGUAUCUGCCGAGGGGUGGAGAACAUUCUGGCAGGUGUUCAUCUCAUCCUGAUAGGUGGAGUGUGUCAGCUGAUUGCCGGCCUGCUGUCGUUCCGUAAAUACGACCACCUGAGUGGCACCGCCUUCAUUGGCUAUGCAGCUCUCUGGGGCAGCUAUGGUGCCACACGCAUCUUCCUGGGUGCGUCCCAACCAAUCAGAACUAACCUGACCCUGUCACAUGACCUGAUGAGUAACAUGACCCCGCCUACUGCCCUCACGACCAACCUAUCCCUGUCGGCUGAACUCUGGAACAGCACCUCGCAGAGCCAUGAUUGGCUGUCUCUCCUGACCAUCCCCCAGUCCGCCAUCGCAGGAUUGGUCCCCUACAUCCUUCUAUCCUUCCUAUUGGCCUUCUGCUCUGCCACGGUAAACGUCAUCAUGCCCUUCGUGUUCAGUGCCAUCACGCUGACCCUGCUGUUUGAGGCUGUGGUGGUGGGCGUGUCCUCGGCCUGGCCACUGGUCGUCUCUGGCAUUCUAGAACUCCUCAUUCUCCUUUUUGCCGUGUACGGCAGCGCCGCCCUGUUGGUGAAAGGUCUGGUGCAGCGCUAUGUCCUCAAGGGGUUCGGCACGCCCCUGUUCAACGUGCUCCUGCUGGGGACCAACAGCCCUGCGGCCAGUGCCCAGAACCUGGGACAGGAGAAGAAGAAGAACACCAAGUAUGCUGAACCCCAGGCGCUCUUCUUCUUCUGUGACACGGUAUCUCCCUUCAUCAUGUUGUUCUACAGCUUUGGAUACGUCACGUCCUUCUCCCUGGGUGCUGUGUGGGUCUCCAUCGUCUCUGCUGCUCAACUCCUCUCUAGCUACUACGCUCACCUGCGGCAAGAUGGCUACCUGGUCACCAAGGCCGGCCUGCAUGCAACCUACUGGCUUACCAAGGCGUGGGAGGAGUUUGUGUUGUCGGCUGUGAUCGUGUCGGAGCCGGAGGGAGAGGUGGCUACUGGGAGACAGGCGAUGGUUGGUGAUUGGUUCUUUGUGGCGGUGGCGCUCCUCCUCCUAGUGGUCAGUCUGAGUAAUGACGCCCUGGAGGUUACCCAUAAUGCUCUGUUCCUGCUGCUGUCCGUCUGUACGGUCCCCCAGAUCCCCCUCCAGGGGUACUAUGUGUUCUUUGGGGUAUCCUGUUCCCUGUUCGCCACCGCUUCGAUCUACGGGACAUUUUGCCGCCUCAUCAACACCAUCGCUGAGAAGAGUCUGAUCCCGGUGGGUCCUCAGCCCAUCUCCUCCGACCGUCUUUGCUCCAUCCUGUCCUGUUGUUGCUCUCCGGGGAAAAUCCAGGGGGCGCUGCCUUCAUCAUCAUCAUCAUCAGCAUCAUCCCCGACCAAUCAGAUCCCUGACGCUCUGUUCUACCUGACUAACGGCGUGGCCGCUCUCUCGGCGCUCCACACGGCCUCAUCCAGUCAGAGCGUGACCUUCCUGCGGCUGAGUGUUCCCUGGGUUCUGGUAUCUGGAGCGGUGGUACAGGGGUUCGUCAGCAGGCUGCAGGUCAGAGGAGGACAGCGGUUUGGCUCCGUCAUCCCAUCCUUCUACCUGUCUGUCUGGGCCACCUGGACAUGGUACCGCUUCACAGGCCCCUUGCUGCAGAUCUCUCCAGUAGGAUCCUAUGGGUUUACAGCUGGAGCCAUCGCUUUCCUGGUCAUCAACGCUUUCCUCAUGCUCAUUGCUGCGUAUGGUAACCUGGUCCUCUUGUCUCUGACCGUGGUCAUGGAGGCUGUCCUGGUGUGUUUCCUCCUGUCCACCUUGCAACAGCUCCCCUACCAGCUGGAGAUUGCCAUGCUAGCUGUGUUCUCUGUCAUCUGUCUAUAUGGAACCCUGGCAUCACUGGUCAACUGUACCUUCCGUCAGAGUGUGAUGCCCAUGGGGCCUCCGCUGGUUAAGGAUGUGAAUCAGCAGCAGAAGUCCUCCCCUGCCCUUCCCUGUCCCGUGGCAGACUCCAGACUGACCAGCGGUCUCCUGAAGAUCUCCAGACUGCUGGACGACGGGGGGGUCUGUGGAAUCCCCACCGAUACGGUCUACGCCCUGGCCGCAUCCUGCAAGAACCCUCAGGCCAUCGAGAACAUCUACAACAUCAAGGACCGCCCAGCAGAGAAGCCUAUCUGUAUCUGUAUCUCCAGUGUGGAGCAGCUGGUAGCAGCCAAGCCCCCAUUCAGCUCUCUACUCUGGGAGUUCAUGAGGAACGUCUACCCUGGAGGGAUCAGCUGCAUCGUCAGCAAGGGAGACUGGCUACUCAGACUGGGUGUGGGUCCGGCCUACGACCGCGUGGGAACCAAUGACAGCAUCAUGAUCCGAGUCCCUGACCACACCGUUACCGGACACCUGUGUGACAUCACCGGACCGCUUGCCAUCACCUCAGCCAAUCCCAGUGGAGAACCCGACAGCACGCACCACAACAUGGUCAUCAGUCGGCUGGGCCAUAAGAUCCAGGGGGUUCUGUGUGAUGGGGAUUCCAACGAGGUCGUAGCCUCAACGGUGGUGAACUGCCUCAAGAUAGAUGAAGGUACGAUUAGUAUUGUGAGGGAAGGCUGCGUCCCGGCGGUGAAGGUCCGACAGAUCUUUGAGAGGGUGAAGACCAGUAUGUUGUGAGGAGGACCCCUCCCUCCAUCAUGCACAUAUAAAAUGCAAAUAUAUGUAAAUAUGUGCAUUUUAGAUUAGAUUUUAGGAACAUGUAUGUUUUGUUUUGUUCUGUAUGAUUUGAUUAUGUAAAAUGAAGUGGUAACAGAAAUUAUACUCUAAUGAUAUAGUACUCUAAAUGAGGUAUUUAUGAAGGAUGAUGUAGUACUCCAAAUGAGGGAUUUAUGAAGGAUGAUGUAGUACUCAAAAUGAGGGAUUUAUGAAGGAUGAUGUAGUACUCAAAAUGAGGGAUUUAUGAAGGAUGAUGUAGUACUCUAAAUGAGGGAUUUAUGAAGGAUGAUGUAGUACUCUAAAUGAGGGAUUUAUGAAGGAUGAUGUAGUACUCUAAAUGAGGGAUUUAUGAAGGAUGAUGUAGUAUUCUAAAUGAGGGAUUUAUGAAGGAUGAUGUAGUAUUCUAAAUGAGGGAUUUAUGAAGGAUGAUGUAUGUGAAUGUACAAUGCUGCUGGGUAUAAAUAAAUAAUACAUUAUUUUGAAGUACUGUAUAACUGGGAAUUUAUAUAUUGUUUAAUAUGGGAGCUUGACAACGGCCAAAUGCAUACAUGCAAAAUUGAAAAGUAUUAUUUGCUUUGGCAAUUUACUGUAAUAGAUCCAUGUAUAAAGUGAAGUUAUACUUUAAGAAUAAAACUCAAAUUAAAUAUA